AUGGAUGCCAUAACAUUUCGUUUGGCUGAGCCAGACGAUCUCGACGAAAUCGUUACACUUUCGGAGGGAAUCUACCAAGGACACGACUCGCUACCAUUGAUGUUUCACAAGUGGCUUCGGACGAACAAUAUGGCCGUCAUUCUGGCUCAAUCUAGUGACAACAAACUAAUUGGUUUAAUUGCAUACUUCAUUGUCGAUGAUCGUCAAACAUUUGUCCGCCGCUUUGAACGUAUUCAUCAAGAUCUUCGUGGCCAGGGCCUUGUCAGAAAGCUCAAGGAAUAUGCAAGAAACCAUGCGAAACAGCGCUUUCCAAACCUCAAACGAGUACGAUUUACGUCUACCAAUGGCAGUGUGAAUUGUCAGUAUCAUAGAAAACUCUUGGAAUUUAAUAUUCUUGAAUAUGAGGUCAAGUUAAAAUCUUGCAGCCAAGCCUUAGCUGCUAUGAAAAAAUCGAUCGUGAUAAAACCAUGCUCGCGAAAAUAUAUCUCCGAUGUUAUUCUUUCAAGUACUGAAAGAACACAACUAUUUCCAGAAGACAUAAUUCUCUUUAACUGGGUUCCUUUCGAACCUCUUCGAUCUAAUAUCGACCAUAUUUUGGAAGAUUGCAACGAACUUUUUGCCGAAGAUUUUGUGGACGAUUCCAUUCAACGAUCGAUCAGUUUUGGAACUUAUUUACCGACAGAGAAGUUCUUAGAUUGGCGAACUGCGAUUUACUCAGGUGACCCUACUCUUUUUGAGGCACAUCUUUUACAUCAACUCAACCGUGCAUGUGAAUUCAUCAAAAGCGAUUUUUUUUGUUUGUUUUCAGGACAAGAGGUGGACAGAACUCACGAAAAAGUGAUUGAGGAACAACUACAGUUGAACGUUUAUCAUCGUUAUUUAGGACAAGGGAAGAUGUAUCUCUAUGAGAAGGAAUUUACGAGAUAA